GACAAAAUAACGAGGAACGGCAACAGCAGCGAACGCGACAUCAGUGCAGCAACGUCAGCCGCGGCAUUAUUAUGCCCGAGUCGAAGGUGUUGUAUUGUCUGCUUCUGUCGACGCUAUUCGACGCGACAUCGCAAAUUCGGCCGUCGCUGCACGGCCACAACAAUGCCUUUGUUCAGGAUGACAACGACGUUCAAUAUCUUUUGGAUAAUAUGCCAAUAUCUAUGCAUAAGGACUUUGCUAAUACAGUACAUGGAGCUGGGGAUGCUGUAUUGGAUGAAGAUAAAAUGGAAGAUUCACUCUCUCAUAUUUCUUUUGAGCCAAAUGUCUUGGAUUUCAAAGAGAGACAACUUGGUAUUCCUCACCAAGAAACUGUGAUUAUGUUUAACAAAGAUCACAAUAAAACUAUACAUCUUUCAUCGAUAUCAGGAAAUACACGUCAUUUCCAUUCAUCAUUUUUUCAAAAUAAAGUAAUUCCACCACUAGGGAACACUACAUUUAAUGUUGUGUUUCUUGGUCGAGACGAAGGUGACAUUGAUACACACCUUUUUAUACAUACUUCAGAUGGGACACUUAAGUAUCAGGUUAAAAUUAUCUCUUUCUCAAAUAUACUACUAUUUCAAUCUACUUUGUGUAUAUAUAUCGAAUUAUACAUAUAUAAGUACAUCCUAGUCAUGUUGUAUAAUAUCUAAUUAUUCCCUAUUUGUACAAAGGUGGUGGAAGUAUAUAGCAGUGGUGGAGAGUUUCAAUUAGAACUACCAUCAGGCGAGCCGGAAGGUACUCGUGAAUUAUGGGAAAUUUUACCUUAUCAAACAAAGCCUAUCAUUCGACUAACUUUUAAUGCUUAUGCAGAAAAGAAUCAUACAGCAUACAUUAGAUUUAAAGUGAAUAAUACUGCUGAGGUCCUUGUGGUAGCAGUUGAAGUAGAAGUCAAAAGUGGAGCUGGUCUUCAUUGGGGUGGGAGUUCUGGAAUAAUUAAUUUAGGUAUGGGUGGCUCAUUGCAGCCACCCAUUCGCCACCCUAUUGCUUUAAAAAAUUCCGCGAAAAAAGCAAUUAAAGUUGUGAAUAUUAUAAAUACACCAGUAUCGAAAGCAUUAAAAUUGCAUUUUGAGCCAGCAAUAAUUCCGGGGGAGACAGAUAUACCAAUCGCUAUCGGAAUGCUAGUUUACGAUUGGAAAACCGGUUUGGACUUGCAACAUUUUAAAGGCAAAUUAAUAAUAAAAGCAAUAGGUCCAGGUGGUUCUAGUCAAAAAUUAGCAAUUCCCUGGGUAGCUCAGGUGCUACAGGGUGGAUUAGAAGUAAACACAUCGAUUACUCAUUACUGUUCUCCGCAAUCCAAUCAAGCCCGGAACUUUAGCGUGGUGAAUAAAUUUAAAUUACCAUUAGCUAUUACGAAUGUCACGAUGUGUUCGAACGCGAAAUCGCUUUUUACGAUAAAAAAUUUUACUCCUAGAGUAAUAAAACCUGAACAAAAGAUCAAUAUAUUUUCUUUACAACUUGCCAAAGAAAGGAAGGGUGAUAAUGUGAAAAUGGAGUCAUCGAUAUUGAUACAUUCAAACGUGUCGGUGACCGAAGUUCCAGUGUUGAGUUAUGAUGGCAAAUUAAAAAAAGUUAUGCCAGGCGAAAAGGAAGACGAUAUGGGAACAAUGAAUUUCGGUACUGUAGGAAGCGGUACUGAGAACGAAGCAAUUUUUGCGCUGGAAAAUCAAAAUCCCGUCAAUGUGGAGUUACACAGCUGGGGUGUAAACAUGCCUGGUGCAGUAUUAGAAUUGAUGGGAUGUCAAAACGGUCCUGCGGAUUUAUUGGAUAAGGAAUUUCGAAAUAUAACUGUAUGCAGCCAUUCUGGAAACCAAUAUAUAAAACCGGAGUUUUUGGCAAUAUUUAAAAUUAAAGUGAAAACUCCUAUGGUCGAGGAGGAUACGAUUGUUGGCGAUGUUUUCGUACGAACGACCUACGAGCGGUUUACUUUACCAGUGUAUAUGCGGGUUGCGCACGGCAAGAUUUCCUUGAAGAAGCUUAUUUUUACUGAUUGCUUCCCUGGAUCGAUUUGUGUGCAACAAGUGAAGGUGCAUUCCUCAUUCUCAAGACCGAUGGAAGUAAUGCAUAUUGCACCUAUAAAUAAAGACGAUAGGAUAAAGUAUAUUCCAUUGGAGGAGGCUACAAUGCCAGUCAUAUCCAAAGGCGAGAAUAACAUAGGCUCGAUACAAAUUGAUCCUUCGAUGAUUUGCAAGCAGCAGUGUUAUUUAGGUUUAUCAAUGGAUACCAACACGGGAAAUCAGUGGUUGAACACCAUGAGCCUUCCAUCGCACACUCGCGACUCCGAUUUGAACUUGCUAAAUACACGAUACGUGCGUUUUAUCAAUUCCACUGCGGAUGGCUCGUGGGAGAAUGUCACAAUGCGCUUAGACACGACUGAAGUGCGCAGUCACAGAUUUUACGUGAACAUUAAACCGUACUGGCCGAGCUUGUUGGCUGGCUCCAGUAAUAUAAAGAACAAGAGUGUCCUAAUGUUCCCGUUAACUCAGGUCGGAAACACAUCGUACAGAGCGAUCAAGCUACACAAUCCGAGUGCGAGUCCGCUGAUAGUUCAGCUGGUUAUGGGCUGGAGCUAUCCUCAAGGAGCGCGUCUUUAUCACUCUUUGCCAAUGAAAUUUAAACCCGUAUGUGCGGAGUGUUUGUCCACGGUUCCGGAAGAGUUCAAGCUAGAAGAAAGAACGGAUGAGCGCCAAUUGUUUGAGAAACAGUGGGGUGUAACGAUAGCGCCUCAAACACUUCCUUUAUAUUUAAACCCUUUGGAAACAAGGACAAUUCGCGUGGCAUAUACACCCUUCUCCACUUCGGCGUCGUCUGGUUUUUUAUAUAUUAGAAAUAAUAUGACUAUUUUAGAAGUUGUACGUAUGAGUGGUCGAGGCGCGAGCGCACAAUUUAGAUUCGGCCACCGCAAGCCGGGAUCGUCUACACCUCUGUUGUUUGAACUGACGGACAAAUAUCUUAAAGAUUGCGAACGAGAUCGCAGCAAGCCUGUCACGACUAUCACCGUAAAGCGAUCUUUUACGGCUAGGAAUACAGGAGAGCUGCCUAUCGAAAUUUACGGUUUCUAUAUCAACGACUGGCAUUGCGAAGGCUAUGGUUUUAAGGUGCUCGACUGCACGCCUUUCAAAUUAAGUCCGAAUGCUACUAAAAGGAUUGAGAUAGCGUUCACCCCGGACUUUACGUUGUCGCGCGUGGAACGGAAACUGUUGGUGAUGACGAGCAUGGGACCGGAUACUGGCAAGAACGUCGAAAACGGCGUAGUGAUACUUAAUCUAGUGGCGACUUUACCGAUGCACUCGUUAAAUUUAUGCGCGUCGGUGCUCGCCAGGCCGCCAUGGGAAAGCGCGGUGCAAAAGGCCGCUCUCAUUCUCUCGUCGAUACUGAUGUUGUGUGUCGCUGUAGUCUCAUUCCUCGAGGCGGAUCGAAUAUUACGGGAAGGUUUGUCCAAUUAUUCAAAAGAGAACCCAGUGCAACCGCCUCUGGAUCUAAGAUUGCUAUCGCAUAUUUCGACACAAGGUAACAAUAGUAGCAACGGUUGUACUGUUAAUAAAAACGAAAAAUCUGCAACAAACGACGAGAAAAGCAAGAUGAAGAAAGAUGAGACGUUCCCAGAUUGGUCAUUAAUGAAUGUAAAAAAAUGUAAGGACAAAGAUGUGCAGAAAGGAUUGAAAAUCCCGGACUGGUCUGUCGAGGAAGAACGUAGAUUCAAGUUGGACACCGAGUCUAAGGAUUUGCUAUCCUUCAAGCGAUGCGAGGAGUCGUCUAAUAUAGAUAACAUUAAUGUCGUGAGUACAACAAAUACAUGCGGAUCGAAGAAAAAGAGUAAUAAGAAACAAAACAAUAUUCAAGAGGCUCAAUCGGACAAUUGCGUGGCAAACGAUACACUCGUGGACACUCAGUUAAUUCCAGAGAAAAAGUACGCUGUUACGAAUGUAGUUACAAAAUCGAGUCCGACAAUGAACAGAAAAGGAAAAACGCAAUCGAAUGUUAAGGAAGAGCCAAAAUUGAACGAUCACGAGGUUCCAAUGGACACGGCAAUAAUGAAUAAUAAUCGGGCUAACAAAUCGGACAACAAGCGCAAUAAGCAGACAAAUAAUAAUGGAAACAACAAUAAUAAUCACAACAAUCAGAUUUCAUUGAAAAAACUUGAACCAGCGAGCACUCAAAAGACCAAUCAUCUUUCGGAAGAAGAGACCUCGUCUACGACAACAGAGAGUUCGACUCACGAUGAAACGACAUUGUGUAAAGAUUUUGAUCAACCAUGUGGAAAGCAAGAGAAGCUACAAAGAAAACCGAUAUCUAAGAAAAGCAAACCUCAGUCUAUUCCCCCUGUGCCAUGCAUAGAUUAUAAGGAUAAUUAUGAAGGCGACUGUGAUGAUGAUGAAUAUGAUAAGGAGAAACAGAAUAAUCCAAAUAGAUGGAAAACAAAUACUACUAGAUCCAGUACGAAGCACCAUCAUGUUCAUACUUCACGUACCGUCGAAUCAUCCUUUAAGUUAUCACGUCAAAAUAAAAAUCCACCACGGAAGGAGAAGACGGUGCAGAAACGUCGUAUGGCUGACAAAAUGCACGUUAAAUCUCCUCCUGUAAUUGGAAAUAUAAGUCAAAAAGAAGAUGUAACGCGCAUCAUAGGAACAAUUCCCACUCCAUUACCACCUCCGCCCUCUCGUUGGGGCGAAAACAGGGCUAAGUUCAGUGAUGUAGUAGCGCGAAGUCAAGAGAUCGUCACACCAUUUUCUAAUUUAAGUCAUAUAAAUCACAAGAGUCAAACGAGCACGUCAAAUUUGUCCACAGUAUUCAAUACUGAUAAAGACGUUCAAUAUGCUAAACCAUCGGUGCAAGAGUCACUGCAAGAGUCUCUGCAAACACCAAAGAAAUAUAAUUUGAUGUCAAAUCCAGCCUCCCUCUGUAAUACAAUUACAAACAAAAAUAAAUCACUCGACCCAGAGCCCUUAAUUUUGCAGUCUGAUUCGCAACAUUCAAACAGUUAUUUCAUCAACACUUUUACAGAACAGCCUCAGUUUGAGUGCGAGCUGGUGCCGUAUGACGAUCUUCCAGAAACUGAUGAGCCUUUGGUAGAGUUGGAGACUCCCGAUGAAGAUACGCGGUGCCAAUUGUGGGAAGAUACUAGUCCUAUGAUAAAUUUAUUGUCUGACAGUACGAACGGAUUUCAAUUGGAGUCGCCAAAAACCCCGGAGAAACCAGUUUUAUCUGAUUUAAAAGAUAAUUGGACAGUUGAUACGAAUUGGGAACCGUUAUAUACUAGAGCAGCAGUCGGAGAGGAACGCAGCGGUGUAUGGGGAAUUAAUACGGGAGGUGUGUGGGCUGCGGCACCCUGGGGUGCAGCUGCACCUCCCAUAGCAUCGCAAACAUUACAGUCUGAGACGGACAUGCAAGAGAGAUCGGGAUUUGAUCCAUUCCGUUCACUCAGCACAAUAUGGACACCAUCGUCGACGGAAUCGUGGAGGACAAAGCGCGAGGAUUAAUGAUUUGGAUUUUUGAAGGUUUUAUCUUGUGAUACCGUAUAUUUAUUUUACGAUUUUUUGGUGAAAAUCGAAAGGAAAUUACGACGGUCUUAAUGGCAAUGAGGUAAUUGCUGCAACCACAAUAAUGAAUUCGGAGCUACGAAAAUUGUUGUUUUGUUGCUAUUACGCUGAGCGUACUUUGUGAUAUAAUUGUUACUAUUAUGUUGUACGAUAGUAACGCAGGUGAAGUCUCUCAGACGAAUUAUUUUCGUACAGUUUCUUAAACCAAAAUCUAGAUAUUACAUUUUCUUAUUUUGUAUUUUGUUAUUUAAAGCAACCGAUAAGAUACUUUAAAUUACUUGCGAUGCAGGAUAAUCGAAUAUUUUCUUUUAUUUUUAGUUUUGUUUUUGGUUUGCUUUUGAUUUGUUUUGGUUUGGUUUGUUACAAAGAGUGAACAUGAGUGAUCGCGAUUAACAAUAAAAUGGAAAUAGUACAUAUGGAAUUACAAAAUCAAUAUAAACAGGUGGAAAAGAAAAUACAAUUUCAUAUUAUAAUCACAGCACGUAUUAAUUUAAAGGAAUAAUUGUAUCAUGGAAAUUUAUAAUUUGCUCCUUGACACAUAAUAUACCUUUUCUCUUCUCUUACGAUAUUAUCCGUGUAUAUAUAUGCAGGGAGGAAAAAAUGAAAGAAAGAACUAUCGCAAUAUUCGAGAGUCCCGAUCUUGAUAUUAUGAGUGAUAAUUAAGUUAUUUGAGAUGAGUGAGAACUGUGAUUUUUUAUAGUCUUGACUUGUAGAGAUAUCUUCAAAGAAAUUUUCAAGAGACAAGUUUACAAGAUUACGCCGUAUACACAAAGUAUGAAGCGAAAGAAAUAUGUACCUAUUCUUCAAGACUGGUAAUCGUUGUGUUUUAAUAAAGAAGUCAUAAAAAUGC